AUGUCUAUGGGACUUGAGAUCUUGGGUGUGGCCCUGUCCGUGCUCGGCUGGCUUGGUGCUGUCGUUUCUUGUGCUCUCCCUAUGUGGAGGGUGACUGCUUUUAUCGGAAAUAAUAUUGUGGUGGCUCAGAUUAUCUGGGAAGGACUUUGGAUGAACUGUGUAGUUCAGAGCACAGGGCAGAUGCAGUGUAAAGUCUACGACUCUCUACUGGCUCUUCCACAAGAUCUUCAAGCUGCUCGUGCUUUAAUAGUUAUCUCCAUUGUCAUUGCAGUCAUCGGGAUCCUGAUCUCCAUCAUUGGAGCAAAGUGCACCAACUGUGUUCAAGAUGAGUCAGCAAAGGCCAAGAUCAUGAUUGUCUCUGGGGUCAUCUUUAUUCUUUCGGGGCUCAUGACACUUAUCCCCGUAUCCUGGUCAGCAAACACAGUAAUUCGUGAUUUCUACAACCCUCUAGUUGUGGAUGCUCAAAAGAGGGAGCUGGGUGCCUCCAUGUACAUUGGGUGGGCAGCUUCUGCUCUUCUAAUGCUUGGGGGUGCUAUGCUGUGCUGCACUUGCCCACCAAAACAGGAGAAGUACCCUGCAUCCAGAGUGGCAUAUUCAGCGGCCCGAUCAACAAAUCCUGGAUAUGACAGAAAAGACUAUGUCUGA